AUGAUGAUGGCGUUGAAAGUUCCAGCAACAGCAGUGAAUCAUCUAGUGGAGACUCGAGUGAAUCCAGCACCGACGAUUCAUCAGAAUCUUCUGACACGGAUACAAGCAGUGAAGACCCGACAUCUCUCACCAAACAACCCAACAAACAUCCGACUCAAGCAAGGAGCGGAACACAAGAAGUGGCGGAAGAAGACGCCGGAAAAGACUCUAAAGAUAAGGAUUACUAAACCCGCCAUCCGCCGUUUGGCUCGCCGUGGCGGUGUGAAGCGUAUUUCCGGCUUGAUCUACGAGGAGACCCGCGGUGUGCUCAAGGUUUUCCUUGAGAACGUCAUCCGUGAUGCCGUCACCUACACCGAGCACGCUAAGAGAAAGACCGUCACCGCAAUGGACGUGGUGUACGCUCUGAAACGCCAGGGACGCACCCUGUACGGAUUCGGGGGUUAA